AUGACUGGAAGUAAGCUUUCUAUUAGAGAUUCUGAGCAGAGUGAGGAGGAUGUGAACGAUCAAAUGAAUCAGAAGUGGUCCAAGAAAAGAUUUUCUUGGGUUUUUGCAGCUCUGAAGAGUUUGAAAUUUUCAGUCUCUACAAGUUUUGGGUUAAAUUGUGAAGAUUUUUGGAACUUAAUGGCAGUUGUAGUAUACAGCAUGUAUUCUGAGCUAAGCUCCUCUGCAAAGGAAGAUAAUCCGCAGCCUGCUGUAGAGCAGUUCUUGAAGCUGCAAGCAAGCUUGAAGAAUGCUCUUCUGGUUGCUGAUUCCCUAUCUAAAACUACCAUAGCUGGUUCAUCUCCAGCUCAUGAUGAAAAGCCAUCAGAAGAAGCCAUAAAGGUCACAUCCGACAGACGUAAACAAGCAGCUUCUUGGAUCCAUGUCGCACUGGCCACCGAUCUAUCGUCCUUCACAGUAUUUAGCAAACAAGCCACUUCAAGUCCAAUUCCAGGUUCAACUCCAGCUCCAAGCACAAAGACUAUAGCGGGACAUCAACCUAUAUUAGUACUUGAGAACUCUAGUAAGAGUGUGUCAACAAAAGCGCAAGAUAAAACUCGCCAGACAGUCAGCUCUAAGAUUGUUACUACAGGAACUCCACGCAGGCUAGCAGAUGGACCAGCUGUUAGUCAGAAGCCAGGAGCUCCACCACCAACAGAGUGGGUCAGAGGAGAUGAUCUUGAUGAGGCUGUGGACUUGGCUGAAAUGUUGCGAAUGGAAUCCCAGGAUUGGUUCCUAGGAUUUGUCGAGAGAUUCUUGGAUGCUGAAGUGGACACCACAGCAUUAUCAGACAACGGUCAGAUAGCAGGCAUGUUGACUCAGCUCAAGAGUGUAAAUGACUGGUUGGAUGAGAUUGGGUCUGUCAAGGAUGAAGGAGAAACACUUCAUAUCUCUGCCGAGACAAUUGACAGGAUAAGGAAAAAGAUUUACGAGUAUCUUCUUACGCAUGUUGAAUCAGCGGCCGCUGCACUUGGUGGUGCUGCCUCACAGUCAUCACCAACAACAGACACCAAAACAAGAAGAUGACUUGAUUGGUCCGCACAGCUUGUCCUCAUGAAAAAUCACAUCUUACCAUUCAUAUGUGCAGCUCUAGUGGUAAUCAGCUCCUUAAACUGCCAAGUAGUUCAAGGAGCUCAGUAUUUUCGAAUAUUGUAUAUAAAUCCUGCAAAAGGGUUUAGGUAUAGAUGGAGUAAUGGUUAUUGAAAGUUAAAGGAUUUAUUUUUUCCAAUUGUUCUUCUUUCUGAGCAGUUUUUACCCACAAGUAUAGAGAACAAUAGUGUUUGGAGUAGGGGAGCUGGCACUUCUCCUUGCCAUGCAUGAAUGCGUGUUUUCCGACUCUGUAUGAGGAUCAGGUGUUAUAUGUAAGAUAACAUGUGUAUUUUUUGGACUUAAAACAUGAAUAUCUUUACAUGUUGAGGGGG